UUAUAAUAAAUAUUGACAGCCAAAGCAUCUUCCAUUAUAACGGCCAUGACGUUUUUACUUUCAUUUGCUUAAUUUAUAUACUUUUUUUUUAAUAAAAUUUGUUUGGAAAAAAAAACGCCUUUAAUUAUCACAAAAAAAAAAUCAAUUAAAACGAACAAAAAUUAUUCUUAGAAAAAUAAUUCCCCACAAACAAAAGAAUAAUAAUAAAUUCGUCAUCACACACAAAAAACAGCAAACUCUGCUGCUGCUGCUGCUGCAAUGGCCUCAUUAUCGGCUAGCGCUGAAAAUAUUUCCUGCGACCCCCAACAAACAACAAACGAUGCCUCGUCAAUGUGUCUCGAACUCGCUCUCGAAGGCGAACGUUUGUGCAAAGCUGGCGAUUGCCGAGCUGGGGUCGCAUUCUUCUUGGCAGCCGUCCAAGCUGGUACCGACGACUUGCGCACGUUAAGUGCCAUCUACAGUCAAUUGGGUAAUGCUUAUUUCUACUUGGGUGACUAUUCCAAAGCCAUGCAAUAUCACAAACUCGAUUUGACCCUUGCCCGUUCUAUGAACGACAAACUGGGCGAGGCCAAAUCAUCGGGAAAUCUGGGAAAUACUCUCAAAGUCAUGGGUCGCUUUGAUGAAGCAGUUAUCUGCUGCGAUCGUCAUCUCACAUUGGCACGCCAAUUGGGUGAUAGGUUGUCGGAGGGAAGAGCUCUCUAUAAUCUGGGAAAUGUCUACCAUGCCAAAGGCAAACACAUGGGCCAACGAAAUCCCGGGGACUUCUCUGACGAAGUCAAAGAAGCUCUCACAAAAGCGGUAGAAUUCUACCAAGAAAACUUGAAAUUGAUGUACGAAUUGGGUGAUCGUGGGGCACAGGGAAGAGCUUGUGGCAAUCUGGGUAAUACAUACUAUCUCCUGGGUGACUUCCAAGCUGCAAUCGAACAUCACCAAGAAAGACUGCGAAUCGCUAGAGAAUUCGGCGAUAAAGCAGCUGAACGAAGGGCAAACAGCAAUCUGGGUAACUCGCACAUAUUCUUGGGGCAAUUCGAAGAGGCUGCGGAGCAUUACAAGCGAACUUUGUCGCUAGCCAUUGAAUUGGGGGAACGGGAAGUAGAGGCACAAUCGUGCUAUAGCCUUGGCAACACUUAUACACUCCUCAGGGAGUUCCCCACAGCCAUUGAGUACCAUCACAGGCAUUUGGCAAUUGCCCAGGAGCUGGGAGACAGAGUGGGCGAGGCUAGAGCUUGUUGGAGUCUGGGCAAUGCCCAAUCAGCUAUUGGCAAUCAUGAAAAAGCUCUGCAUUUUGCAGAAUCUCACUUUAGUUUGGCCAAAGAACUCAACGACCCUGUGGGAGAGUCGACAGCGAAAGUAAAUAUUGCUGAUUUGCGGAAAUUGCUUGGUCUUCCGCGAUUGAGUGAUGACGAUGAUCAUGUACUCGUUUCGGAUGCUGAAAACUCGACAGAUUCUGAGAAUACCCAAGUUAAUGGCAACUCUCGGAUGAUUCGAGUGCGACGACAGAGCAUGGAACAGUUGGAUCUAAUUAAGAUAACUCCCGAUGGGAAGAGAGUUGGACAAACUGGCGCUGCUGUUGGUCAGCAAGUCGCCGCCGAUGGACAAAAGAAGAAACCAAACGAAGAUGAUUUCUUUGAGAUGCUCUCCCGUUCGCAGUCCAAACGAAUGGACGACCAAAGAUGCUCGAUUAAAAUUACCAAAAAGGAACAAAUGCAAAUGCAAUCACGCAAACCAUUGACCCAGCAGAAUUCAUUAACUUCAACCUCCUCCAAUUUGCCAAAGGAACAACACGAAGCUGCUUUGAAAGCCUCAGGAAGCACUGCAGAUAUUGUAGGCUCUCAGACAGCAGCUUCCUCACAGCCAGAUGAUGCUUUUCUGGAUAUGCUUAUGCGUUGUCAAGGUUCUCGCAUUGAAGAGCAACGAUCUGAAUUGCCAAUUGCAACAAUCACAAUGGACACUGAGACGAACGACCAACAACAACAUCGUCAAAGGCGUCCUGGAGGAGCUUCGGGGGCAACUGUUCCCGAUGAGGAUUUCUUCUCGUUGAUAAUGAAAGUGCAAAGUGGACGGAUGGAAGACCAAAGAGCCGCUAUUUCAUUUACACCUAGCAACCGCCUUCAAAGCAAUGGUGGCAGUCAGACUUCCAAUAAUAAUUCACAACAGGGACCUUCCAAGCCAGCAAAGUAAAAUGUAUUAGAAAAAAAAACAACAUUUUUAUUCUUUUAAUAAUUAUUAUUCUAAUAGAUUAUUAUUAUACAAAUAUCAUAGAUUUAGUUAAAGAGAACAAAAAAUAAAAGAGAAUACAUAUUUUAAGCAAGUUGAGAUGCUCCUGAAAAAAAAAUAACCUGAAACUGUCCAUAAAAAAUGCAAUUUAGUAUCAAAAAAAUACAAAAAAAAAAAAAAACAAAUAAAAAUGAAACAAGCAACUUGACUUGCAAUUAUUAAAAAAAAUCUUAUUUUCAAAUAAAAUAAAUAAUUAAUAUACCUUUUGCUAACAACUGAGAUUUGUUAGCUUUUUAUUAGAAAAAAAAAAGAGGAUUGUGCAUUUAGCAU